UUGAAUACGUUGGACAAAUCCUUUUCUACUCCUUUUCCAUCAAACACGGAUGAUCCUUUCUUGAAAAGUAAUCUGAGAUAUUUAGUCUGCUGACCUAUAUUUGUUUUGAGUAUUAUCCAGUACAUAUUUUGUGUAUGAUUAAAACAACUGGUGUCUAAAGGCAAAAUGAAAGUAUAUUUGAACAAGCUUCAAUCAAGUGGCUAGGGUUGACUUUGCUUGUCUGUGAGCAUAACAUUUAACUCGGUCACUUUUCUUUAGGAUCAUUCUCCGCUGAGCCUUUUUAAGACUUCAGUUGCAAAUACAAGGUUUUAUAAUUCUACUCUCUAAGACUGUUCAUAUCAGAUAUAAUAUACCCAAUAUCCUUGUCACUGUACAAUGGAAGGCCUGUCCGGCCACAGGAUGCCUCAAUCAAGGGGAGACAACUCACUUCCUGUCCCAAUGUAUUCAACCAUGUGCCAGAACGGCCCAUUUAGACUUGAAGACCUGAGAAAAAGCUCACCAACCAAGAGGAAAUCCAAGUCUGGCAACCGUAGCGUCCGGAUGCCACCGAUUCCAGGGGCCAGCAAACCAAUUCCAAAGAAGGUAAACCCAGACACCAUUGAGAAGACAGUGGAAGAUGCUAUGGUAACCUGUCUUCAGGAUGUGAGGUACAAUGCUGAGACUUGUAUCCGUCUUUCAAAGAGUCUUGCUGGCACUAUUAUGGAGAAGAUCAAGCCGUUGUCGAACGGCCAGUACAAGCUGGUUGCCGUGGUGAGCAUCGGCAACAUCAAGGAGCAAUCGGGGAUGCAGUUCGGGAGCAGAUGUUUGUGGAACAAGGAUUCCGACUCAUUCCUGAGCGUCAAGUACGCCAAUGACUCGUUGUUUGCUGUGGCCAUGGUAUAUUCACUGCUGUUUGAAUAAUAUGGUUGUGUAAUUUUCUGGGUACUCAAUUGUAUGAGGCCAUGUUGUACUCUCUGCUGUUUGACUGAAGCUGUGGUGAAAUAGCUGUUUGAGACCAUGGUGGACUCUGUAAGCAAGACCAAGGUGUACUCAAAUUUGUAUAGGUCAUGUGGAA